ACACAAAAAAAAAACAAAAGUUUUUGCUUUACUCCAUUAUAUAAUAUUCUUGCUCCAAAAAUUUUCUCAUUGGUACAACACCUCUUCUACUAUGGAUUUCUGCCAGAAUAUCUCUCUUUCCGGCGGUAUUCCGGCUAACUAUCAGCCGGAGCAACACCUUCUUUGCAGCCUUGAUGACCUCCUUUCCGGUCAUUCCAUGGAAGAAGGUGAUGUUAACAUGGAAUGGCUAUCAAUUUUUGUGGAGGAUUGUUUAUCAAGCAUUGGGAAUUGUAUGCCACCAGAAACAAAAACCCAGAGUACAACUUCCACUGCACAAGGUACAACCACAUCACCAAAACCCGAAGCGAAAGAGCCGCAUUCCAUGCUUAAACUAGUUGUACCUUGCAAGGCAAGAAGCAAGAGAAAGAGAAGCCCAUCAUGUUGGUUAGCCAAGAGUGAGUUGCUUUUACAUAAAAAAUGUACAACUCCCUAUAGCACCGGUUUCGGGCAGGCGGAAGGGGGUAGCGGGCAGGGGCAAGGAAGGAAAUGCACACAUUGUCUAUCACAAAGAACCCCACAAUGGCGGGCAGGACCACGAGGACCAAAAACAUUGUGUAAUGCAUGUGGUGUGAGGUACAAGUCGGGCAGGCUGCUGCCCGAAUAUAGGCCAGCAAAGAGUCCCACUUUUGUGACCCAUAAACAUUCUAAUUCUCACAAGAAAGUGUUGGAGAUGAGAAUGUCUCUUUUACCCUCGUCCUCAAGCAAUUCCUCUCCAUCCUCUUAGUUAGAGUGAGGGCAGUUUAGUAAUCUUCCAUCCUAGCCCAUUAUGUAAGAAAUUAAUGGAGAUGGAUAUUUUUAUUAGAAACUUUUUUUUUUAAUUUAUUAGCUAGUUAGUAAUUAGUAAGUAGUAUAACCUAUUAAUGUAAUAUACAAUGAGGGUCGUUUUCCCUCUAUUCUAUUUUAUUAAUUUUUGUUGAAUAA